AUGUUUGUUGUCGGUGUUAACUGGAAUGAAUACAAGCCAGAGUAUGACAUUAUUUCUAAUGCUAGAUGCAUCACCAACUGCCUUGCCCCACUUGCAAAGGUUAUUAAUGACAGGUUUGGCAUUGUUGAGGGUCUCAUGACCACUGUCCAUUCCAUUACUAUCACACAGGAGACUGUUGAUGGGCCAUCAAGCAAAUAUUUGAGAGGUGGAAGAGCUGCUUCAUUUAACAUCAUUCCCAGCAGUACUAAAGCUGUUAUGGCUGUCGGUAAAGUGCUUCCUACUUUGAAUGGAAAGUUGACCGGUAUGUCAUUCAGUGUCCCAACUGUGGAUGUAUUAGUUGUUGACCUUACAGUGAGGCUUGAGAGGGCUUCCACCUAUGAUGAGAAGCAGAAAGCUACUAUACAAAGAGUGAGAACCAGGAGGCUUGAAGAACAAAAUAAAGUGUUUGCUGCUAGAAAGAUGUGCCUUGUACCAGACCAAAACUGCCUUACACCAGUCCUGAUAAGACUCUAUCAGAAGUACAUGAACUUGAAAAGAGGAAAACUAGUUAAUCAUCUUACGUCAAUUAUCAAAAAACCCGACCCUGGAUUAAGAAAAUCUGGAAAUUAA